AUGGCGCACACAGUGGGCGGCUAUUGCACAAAGAAAUUGUUGACUCGCAGCGCGUCUACGCUUUCUUUGAUCCAUGAUCCCAGCAACGAAGAAUCCAGUAAAUGGUAUCAACGUGUAGCAAUUAGAUCACGGAGCCAGCCGCCCUCCGACAUGAUGAAAGGAAGCCAGAGAAAGAAAACGGUGGGAGGGAAAAGAACCCCACCGAUCCAACCAAACUUUUGCGCCGACAGGGUCCGUCCAUGCGGGGAUCAUGAUCUGAACCAUGGCGCAGGAGGUUGGAUGUUUACUUUGUGUCCUGGCCCGGAAAAAAAAAAAGGGUAUGGAUUGUGUGGUGUAGUAUGCUUUGCUCUAUACGGGGCAGCGGGAUGCAAUAAGAUUUUCACCGGGGAGCUUGGGAUUGGGCUGAAGGAUCAUCUUGGAGAUGGAGAUGUAUUCUUAGUUUGGUUUUUCUGUGGUCGAAUGAGAUAUCUCAUGGAUGGUCUCGCCCAUGCCAUCUCUUACAAUCGGGUCCUGUUGAGCCUGACAAUGAAAGCCUCCCGGUCAAUGGGGACAGGAAUGAUGACAGGAGAGCAAACUUCUUCACAGUAUUUCGUAUGCGUGGAAUGUUGGAAUCAUGUGGCUGCGAGGCUGUGUCCAUCGCCCCACGUCGGCUUCAUCUUCCGCAAAGGCUGCAAUGUAAGGGCAGGGGACCUUCGGCCAGUGGGCGGGUCACACUUGAUCAAGCCGAAUGGCGAGCUUUGGAGGCUCAUUCGCCGAGCAGAAAGAAUGAUCGGAAGGUGUGGAAAGGGCGAGAUGACCGUUGGAAGCCGAUCAAUCAGAGCGAAUCCGCGACCUGCAGGCGUUGAUUGGCAAAUGCCGGCGCCAACCGCCUUGGGCCCAGCCAAUGAAACGGCGGGCCGGGCUGAUGGUGCGACGGAUGGGCUGGCAGGGGGAAACAUUUACUGA